UACCACAGUAGUUAUGGCUAUGCUGUGGCAAAGUAAGAACUGCUUCUGGAACUGACCAAUGUCAUUAGAGGGUUGUGAGACUCCAGGUUCAAUGUAAUCUCAUUGGGCACCAGCUGUGGAACUCUUUCGUUCAAAAUGGUUUAUGGUGAAUUUUUCCGCAGACCUGGCAAAGAUGCAGAACUUAUCAAUUUGAAUGUGGGUGGCUUUAAGCAGUCAGUGGAUCAAAACACCUUGCUCCGAUUUCCACAUACCAGACUAGGGAAGCUUCUCAAAUGCCAUUCAGAAGAGGCAAUUCUAGAACUGUGUGAUGAUUAUAGUGUUGCAGACAAGGAAUAUUACUUUGACAGGAAUCCUUCCUUGUUCCGAUACGUUCUGAAUUUUUACUAUACGGGCAAACUUCAUGUCAUGGAAGAACUUUGUGUCUUUUCCUUUUGCCAGGAAAUAGAGUACUGGGGGAUAAAUGAGUUGUUUAUUGAUUCCUGCUGCAGCAAUCGGUACCAAGAAAGGAAAGAAGAAGGUCCUGAGAAAGACUGGGAUCAAAAGAGCAAUGACAGAAGUAUAGACUCCUCUAACGAAGAGUCAUCCAUAUUUGAUAAAGAGCUGGAAAAAUUUGACAAUCUGUGUUUUGGUGAAAUACGAAAGAAGAUCUGGGUCAGAAUGGAAAAUCCUGCAUACUGCUUGUCUGCCAAGUUAAUUGCUGUGUCGUCCCUGAGUGUUGUCCUGGCAUCAAUUGUGGCCAUGUGCAUUCACAGUAUGCCAGAGUUUCAAAGGCUGGAUGCCAAUGACAGGGAGAUUGAAGACCCUGUGCUGGAAGCUGUGGAGAUUACGUGCAUCAUCUGGUUCACUGCUGAGCUAGUGAUCAGGCUCAUUGCUGCUCCGAGUCAAAAGAAGUUCUGGAAGAAACCACUGAAUAUCAUUGAUUUUGUCUCCAUUAUCCCAUUUUUUGCCACAUUGGCUGUGGACACGAAGGAAGAAGAAAGUGAAGAUAUUGAAAACAUGGGGAAAGUGGUCCAGAUCCUGAGGUUAAUGAGGAUAUUUCGCAUCCUGAAACUGGCCAGGCACUCUGUAGGACUGCGGUCUUUAGGUGCCACUUUGAGACAUAGCUAUCAGGAAGUUGGACUUCUGCUUUUGUUUUUGUCUGUUGGGAUUUCUAUUUUUUCAGUGCUUGUCUACUCAGUGGAGAAAGAUGAUGACUCAUCAGAACUGCACAGCAUCCCUGUUUGCUGGUGGUGGGCAACCAUCAGCAUGACCACUGUUGGUUAUGGGGACACUUACCCGGUCACGCUUGCUGGAAAGCUGCUUGGCACCCUAUGCAUUAUCUGUGGGAUACUAGUGGUAGCACUUCCAAUCACCAUUAUUUUCAAUAAGUUCUCCAAGUACUAUCAAAAACAAAAAGAUAUUGAUCCAGACCAAUGCAACAAUGAUCGCAAAGAGAAAUGUAAUGACCUACCUUACUUUAACAUUAGGGAUAUUUACGCAAAAAAGAUGCACUCCUUCAUUUCUGGCCUUUCUUCAGUAGGAAUUGUAGUCAGCGACCAAGAUUCAACAGAUGCCUCCAGCAUCCAAGAUAUUGAGGAUGUUUAUAACACAACAUCUUUAGAGAAUGGUACAGGAAAAUGAGUUGAAUCGCGUUCUCUUCCCUUUAUUUCUCUUCUGAUUCUUGGUAAAUGUGGACUUACAAACUUCAGUGAAUUUAUUAAGAGCAGUUAAUUCUCAGGGUACUUAACUCAGCCAUAUUUGGACAUUCUUUGCUCUGAGGAUGCCAUAAAAGCUUCAUUGUUUAUAUGAGGCUUUAAAAUAUGCCUCAUAUGAUGGUUUAGUUUUUACACAAAUAAUAUUAUGCAUUUUUUGAGAGAAAAAGUCAGGAAAACAGUUUUAAAUGUGAGAUCAGUAUUUGUUUGGUUU